AUGUAUCGGGGCCAUGGCUAUGAAAAAUUCCCCGUCGUACUGGGUACUGUUGAAGGCCAUCAAGAGCUGUGCGAUAAAUGGGAUACUGAGCAGAUUUCCAAGUUGACUAGGAAGGCUGCUAAAUUACGACAAGCACUCCGCACUGCUUACGUUGUCCAUGACACAGACUCGGAGUCCACCGACGAGUCCAACGGUGAAGAAGACGGUACUAACGAUAUUCUUCAGAAGAAAUGCCUGGAAAGCGUGCUGGAUGUCUUUCCCGACAUCGGGCGUGCCUUUGUCAUGUGGAAGAUCCAACUCUUGUCAUCCCAAUUGGGCUAUUACGUUGCGGACGGCGAGAUAUUUGAGCUCGAAGCAACGCGUAUCGCGGGACACAUUAUUGCUGAGGUCCUAGAGAUGAAUCCUUAUCCUAAAGAACGCGUUGCGACUUUCCUCGACAGUGGAAGCCGGGCCGCUGAUGAUGGCACUGGUGUUACGAUUAUGUGGAAUCGGAAUCUGCCCAAAGGAGACAUGUACACCAAAGACGCCGUGAUUAUCCUUGCCAAAACGUUCGAUCGCGUUCCGACCCAUUACAUCGCCAAGGUCGUGUCAGAGAAGAAAUCCAUCUUCGACGCCUAUACGCAUAUCCAGGAUCUUGAAGAUCGAUUUUAUUCAAUCUCGAACCGUCCAUAUUCCCGACUUCGUCAUGCAAGAAGUGCAAUCGAGAAGAAGUACGAGCUUACGCACAACGAUCGCCGUAUCCCUAGUGAAUAUGCCAAUCGCAUUAAUGAACUGCAAGCCGCCAAACAGCAUGUCGCCAGAGAGGCCAUUCAAGCGGCAGCUCAAAAGGAAAAGGCCCGAGAAGAAGAAGCCAACCUUGCCCUCCACAAAGAAAGCGGCGCAGUCAUGGAGUGCCAAUGCUGCUUUGACGACCAAGUCCCUCUCAAUCGCCUCGUGUCCUGUAUGGCCGAUCAGCCGCACUUCUUUUGUUUCACCUGCGUUGAAGGCCUCGCUGACAAUCAGGUCGGGUUGAUGAGACAUGAAAUGCGAUGUAUGGACGGAAGUGGAUGCACUUUCGAGCUGUCUCAUGAUGGCGUUGGACAAGCUGUUCCGAUCCGGACAUUUGAUCGCCUGCAGUUGACUAAGCAGCAAGCUGAGAUCAUCGCCGCUGGUAUUGAAGGUCUCGAAGAGUGUCAAUUCUGCGACUACAAGGCGGUAUGUGAUGAUGUCAGUGUCGAACCAGUCUUCUAUUGUCAGAAUCCAGGCUGUUCUCGUGCCACUUGCAGAAAAUGCAACAAGGAUAGCCAUCUACCAAAGACAUGUGAGGAGAACCAGAACGACGGUGAGCUGUCCGUCCGACAUGUGGUUGAAGAGGCGAGGUCAGAAGCUGUCAUGCGAACAUGUCCCAAGUGCAAAGUCAAGAUUGUCAAGGAAUUCGGCUGCAACAAAAUGGUCUGCACCAACUGCCACACUAUGCUCUGUUACGAGUGUAAAGCAGACAUUUCGGCGACCGAAAACCCGUACCAUCAUUACAAUAAGCCAGGAGCUAAAUGUUUACUGUACGACAGACAAGGGAUCGACCGGCAUGAAGUGGAAGCCAAUAGGGCAGAAAUCGAAGCCAUCGAUCAAGCCAAAGAAAAGCACGCCGACAUCGACGAUUCCAAGCUGCGCAUUGAAACUGGGAAACAAGUGCAACCGGCUUCGCAUGAACAUCCUGCUGCCGGCGCCUUCUUCCAGCACAUGAACAAUGCGGCUGGACAUUUGACCAAUCGCCAGAUAGAUCGUAACGAGAUCCUGCGAGACCUGAUCCCGGAUCCUCAUCUUGGAGAUGUCCUCCGACAGAUCCAUCAGGGUGACGGGGCGCAAGAACAGGCUGAGGAUUAUCACCGCAGGGGUGAGGCCCAAAUAGAGGCCCGACUUCUUCAUAUGGAAGAAAGACUGAAUGGGCUGCACAGAGACGGAGCCAGAUAUGUCGCUCAAUAUCUUGGAUUGCCACGACCACAUGGCACCCCUCUCCUAAACCCACGUCAGGGCUUCUUACCCGACGACGCACUUCAGCCUGCCCGCGUUGGAGUCAUGUUUAACCAGAACUUGCAGUUCGAGGACGACUUGGACCACGUCAGACCAGCAUAUCCCCUCCCUCAUUACCCACCACAGAUGGAUAGGGAUAUCCCAAGGAUGUAUAAUGGUGACUCUGCCGGCCGAGGUCUUCAGCAAGCAGAGAACCCGAACUUGUACCCUCGUACCCCAAUGGAGAAUUUGGCGGAAGCUUUUCGUCAAAAGAACAAUGUCUUACAACGGCAUGAUGCUCCACAUAACAACAGCUGGCUUCCACGUAUGCCUCCCGGUCUGCCGCAAAACUGGCGGUUUGGCACACGGUGGUAUCGCGGGGAUUUAUACCGUGCAACUCGCCUUUAA